CUCCGCACGCCGCCCGCAGCCAUGACCAAGGAGGAGGAGCUGCCAGACUGGACCUCGUCCAAGGAGUUUUAUGAAAAGUAUGAGCCGAAGGAGGUGCUGGGCAGGGGGGUGAGCAGCGUCGUCCGCCGAUGCAUCCACAAGGUCACGCGGCAGGAAUACGCCGUGAAGAUCAUCGACAUCACGGCCGGCAACAUCUCGCCCCAGGAGGUGCAGGAGCUGCGGGAAGCCACCUCCAAGGAGAUCGACAUCCUCCGCAAGGUCUCGGGCCAUCCCAACGUCAUCCAGCUGAAGGACAGCUACGAGUCCAGCACCUUCUUCUUCCUCGUGUUUGACUUGAUGAAGAGGGGGGAGCUCUUUGACUACCUCACAGAGAAAGUCACGCUGAGCGAGAAGGAGACCAGGAAGAUCAUGCGGGCGCUGCUGGAGGUCAUCGAGUACCUGCACUCCAUCGACAUCGUGCACCGCGACCUGAAGCCCGAGAACAUCCUGCUGGACGACGACAUGAACAUCAAGCUGACGGACUUCGGCUUCUCCUGCCAGCUGCACGCCGAUGAGAAGCUCAAAGAGAUCUGCGGCACGCCGGGCUACCUGGCGCCCGAGAUCCUGCAUUGCUCCAUGGACGACGAGCACCAAGGGUACGGCAAGGAGGUCGACAUGUGGAGCACGGGGGUGAUCAUGUACACGCUGCUGGCCGGCUCGCCGCCCUUCUGGCACCGCAAGCAGAUGCUGAUGCUGCGCAUGAUCAUGAGCGGGAACUACCAGUUCGGCUCGCCGGAGUGGGAUGACCGCUCCGACACCGUCAAGGACCUGAUCUCGCGCUUCCUCGUGGUGGACCCGCGGCAGCGCUACACGGCCAGCGAGGCGCUCGCCCACCCCUUCUUCCAGGAGUACGACGUGGAGGAGGUCCGGCACUUCAGCCCCUUCCGCAAAUUCAAGGUCAUCUGCCUGACCGUGCUGGCCUCCGUGCGCAUCUACUACCAGUACCGGCUCGUGAAGUCGGUGACGCGGGAGCUCGUGGUGCGGGACCCGUACGCGCUGAAGCCGCUGCGCAAGCUCAUCGACGCCUGCGCCUUCAGGACCUACAAGCACUGGGUGAAGAAGGGGGAGGCGCAGAACCGGGCCGCCCUCUUCGAGAACACGUGCAAGGCCAUCCUGCUGGCCCUGGCCGCCGAGGAGGAGCUCUUCUGAGCACCGGCGCCGCGCUGAGCGUACGAGGAGGGUUGGGGAGCGGGCGAGUAAAACCUUUGGAAA